UAUACUUUAUUUUUCGUUUGUAUUUCCUUCGAAUAUUCCCAAAAACACACACUGCAUCUAUAUUCAAAAUCAUUGGAUGACAAAUAAGAAUAACAAAAAUAAUUUCCAAUAAUAUUUUCCUGAAAUGUCUACCACUCUAGUGGGGUUUUUUCGAUGCGUUAUGUUGGUCUAGAUUUAAAAAAAAAAAGAAAGAUAAAUCCGCUUCUGUUGGAUUGAAAUUUGACUUGGUUGUUUCUCGUUUACGUAUAUUAUACCUGGAUUAUAGAAAAUUUUGUUCUUUCUAAAUGGUUCUUGAUUGGCAUAAAUCAGUGCUUGUCUCUUAAGUAUGGCAUUUUUUGUCUUUUGGCCUAAUAUUAUAUUCGCAUGGGUCGUACGGUUCAAGGUUGAGAUCUCGGGGUUCGGCAUAAGACGCUAUAUAUUAUUUGUAAUGAUCCAUGGAUUGGUUAUUCUCGUCGAGGAUCUGAAUGGUUCUUCUUAGAUAAGCGAAAGGAACGAAAAACGUUACCUGCACUACACGCAUUCUCUUGCCAUGUUUACGAGAAAAGAGAAACGCUUUCUGUUGAGAAAUGAGUUCGGUGUGAUUUGAGAAACAUUACGGAUGUUUCUCAUGUGGAACAUGAAUUUUCUUCAACUGGAUCCUGGAAAUAACAUUCGCCCAUUUUUGUCCAUAGGUUUGGUCCACAAGGUAGAGUGCUGUCCGAGAGGGUGAGUUCCUACAGGAGUUUCACGCUCCUAAGUUGCCCUCAUCGGUCUUAACCAGCUUUUUUCUACCGGAACUGGAGUAACCGAUCCAGAGUCCAAUAUAUAAUCUCCCCAGGGUCACUAUAGUCCGGACGACACGCUGAAGAAAUCAGAGAUUUCUCAUGGAUUUUGUCAUCUAAUCUCAUGAAGAGGAGAGGAUUUUCCAAGUUUAAAGAGAUAUGGAGAAUGGUACAAGCAGCGGCAGCAGUAGCCGAAGUGAGACCUAUGAGGCAAUCAAGAACGGGUCAUGGUUUAGCCAGUUUCUCAACGGCUGCAAUCCCUGGAUGGCUAGAUAUGUAUACAGUCUGAUUUUUCUCGUGGCGAAUCUGCUAGCUUGGGCCAUUCGCGAUUAUGGCAGAGCUGCCUUGACAGUACUGAGAAAACUAAAGAUUUGUAAAGGCGAGCAAAACUGCAUAGGGGCUGAAGGAGUCCUGCGGAUGAGCUUGGGAUGUUUUCUGUUCUAUUUCAGUAUGUAUCUUUCGACUGUUGGUACCAAAAAGGUCCAUUCAUCAAGAGACCGAUGGCAUUCUGGGUGGUGGUCUGCUAAGCUUGUAAUGUGGUUUGGCUUAACCAUCAUACCCUUCUCGAUGCCUUCUUCAAUUAUCCAGCUAUAUGGGGAAAUUGCACAUUUUGGUGCAGGGGUCUUUCUCCUGGUACAGCUAAUAAGUGUCAUCAGUUUCAUCUGUUGGCUCAAUGAAUUUUGCCAAAGCAAAAAAGAUGCAGAAAGAUGCCAUGUACAUGUGAUGCUGCUAGCAACAACUGCAUACAUUAUAUGUAUCGUAGGAAUCAUCCUGAUGUACAUUUGGUAUGCCCCUGACUCGUCCUGCCUUCUUAAUAUUUUCUUCAUCACGUGGACUUUGUUCCUCAUCCAAUUCAUGACAAGCGUUUCUCUCCAUCCCAAGGUGAAUGCUGGAUACUUGACUCCUGCUAUAAUGGGACUCUAUGUCGUGUUUAUCUGCUGGUGCGCCAUUAGAAGCGAGCCAGCGGGAGAAAGUUGCAACAGAAAAGCAGAAGCUUCGGAAAGAACAGACUGGCUUUCCAUCAUUAGUUUCGUGGUCGCUCUAUUAGCAAUGGUUAUUGCGACAUUUUCAACGGGAAUAGACUCUCAAUGUUUCCAGUUCUGCAGGAAAGAAGAUAAUCAAGACGAAGAGGCUCUUCCAUAUGGAUACGGAUUCUUCCAUUUGGUAUUCGCCACAGGAGCAAUGUACUUCGCCAUGCUUCUCAUUGGAUGGAACACUCAUCACCCUAUGAAGAAGUGGACGAUCGAUGUGGGAUGGACAAGCACUUGGGUAAGGGUGGUGAACGAGUGGCUCGCGGUUUGUAUUUACAUUUGGAUGUUGGUGGCUCCAUUAGUUUUGAAGAGCAGACAACCAACGGGAGGGACAUGACAUGACGGGGAGAGCGAGAGAGAAAGGGGAUUGCCUCUCUGAUGAGAGAGAUACAUCCACAUUUGGUUCCUCGCAGGACAAAAAUGGAACGCAGUUUUGAAAACAUUCCGACGAAACUCCGGUGAAAAAAUGGAGAAAGCUCCGGCGAAGAUUGCGAAAGUAACAAACGUUCACAUGUGGGGGAGACGUGUCUGAUUCUCCAAAAAUCUUACAAUUACAAGUAGGAUAUUGUUAGAAAUAGAAAUAGAAAUAGAAAUAGGGGGAAUCAAAUAUUUGUACGACAUAUUUGUACAGAUGGUUUAAUGAAAGGUGGUGGUGGGUGUAAUUAAUUAAAUAAUUAAUUUGAA